AUGGCCGCGAGCUGUCAGCUUAGAGGUCGUCGCAUAUUCGUCCCCGACCAAGUCACAAAGCGGUGGUUCCUCAUCGACUGUGGCUCCGACAUCUGUUGCUUUCCCCGAACCUUCCUGCGUGACAAGCGUCCUUGCACGUCCUUGGAGCUCAGCGCGGCGAACCAAUCGACCACCAAGACCUACGGCUCGCUACGCCUUAACAUCAACAUCAAAAACCUGUGUCAAGAUUUUGCUUGGAAUUUUGUCAUCGCCGACGUCGCAGAGCUGAUCAUCGGGUCCGACUUCUUGGCGUACUACAAUCUUCUACCUGACUGCCGAUAUGACAGACUUAUCGACGCUCCAACAGGCCUCUUCACGCUGGGCCAACGUGCGACCACCCAACAGCCUAACGUCAAAGCACUAACUAUUGGGAACCAGUCGCAAUACCAUGACAUCCUCGCAGAGUUUACCGACCUGACUCGACCUAGCGGGCGUCCGCGAGAGGUGCGCCACUCAACCAUGCACUGCAUUCGUACUACUUACUCCCAGCCCCCCAGUCUCAUGCCCCGCCCGUCGGCUAGACCCGGACCGCCUGCGAAUCGCACAGGCCGAAUUCGAAGCCGUGCUCCGCGAAGGUACUGCCCGCUGCUCGGAGAGACCUUAUGCCUCACCGCUUCAUCUGGUACCAAAGAAGACCAAUGA